UAUUUCCUCUUUACAACGGAGCUGUUUCCGGCUGUCGCUGGAGCUCCGCGGGAAAGUGUCUGCAGCCCGCUCAUCAACUUCAACUCUAUCCUCGGGGAAGUGUGCAGUCAAAUGAAUGAACACCUUUAACAAGCUGCCAUUUGCCGUGUCAUAUUAACCCGUGGGUUCUGUCCCGGGUGGACUGUGUAGUGCUGAAUGUCUCAGGCUUGCGUUCCUCUGUGACAGCUAGCUCCCACAUGACAGGGUAAUAAUGGUGGCCACUUAGAAACACAAGCAAGCGAGACGAAAAACAAUAUUAAGAGUCAGCUCCGGUUUAUAUGGCGAUGGCACCGAACAAACGCACACAGAAGAAACCCCUACAGGUGGAGUGUGAGUGGGCUUCGUGUGGAGAAUCGUUCAGCCAGAUGGAAAACUUCUGCAAGCACGCUGAGGCUCAUCUCACUGAGGAAGAGGAGGAGGCAGAAGGGGAGAGGAACUGUCUCUGGAGAGACUGUGGCUUCUGCUCGGUGGAUGGUCCUGAGGAGCUGCGGCGCCACCUCCUGUUCCACUGCUACCACACGAAGCUGAAGCAGCUGGGGCAGCAGGCCCUGGACGCACAACCAGAACUGGGCAGCUGCUCCAUUGCCUACCAUAACCGCAACAUCAUCCCGGACAUCCCGGACAAUUUCGUCUGUCUUUGGGAAGAGUGUGAGCAAGCUCCGUAUGAAAACCCGGAGUGGUUCUACCGUCACGUCGAAAUGCAUACCCUGUCCAUAGAAAUACCGACAGGUGAAUGGGAGUUCCCCAUACGCUGUGGAUGGAAAGACUGCGAAGCUACCGCUAAAGGGCGCCCCAAGCUGCGGGAGCACCUGCGCAGCCACACACAGGAGAAGGUGGUGGCGUGUCCAGGCUGCGGCGGGAUGUAUGCCAACAACACCAAGUUCUUCGACCACAUCAUUCGACAGAACGCCAUGGAAGGUCAGCGGUUCCAGUGUUCUCACUGCUCCAAACGUUUUGCAACAGAGCGACUCCUCAGAGACCACAUGAGAACCCACGUCAGCCACUACAAAUGCCCUCUGUGCGACAUGACGUGCCCGUCACCCUCGUCGCUGCGCAGCCACAUCAAGUUCCGCCACAGCAACGAGAAGCCGUACAGCUGCGAGUAUUGUGAAUACAGCUGUAAGAAUCUGAUCGACCUGCGUAAACACCUGGACACCCACAGCAUCGAUCCGGCGUUCCGCUGCGACGUUCCCGGGUGUAGCUUCACGUCUCGUACACCCGGCACCAUGAAGAUUCACCACCAGAAGGAGCAUGAGGGGACUUUUACAGCUCGCUACAAAUGUCACGUGUGCGGCCAAUGUUUCACCAGAGGCAACAGCCUGACAGUCCACCUCCACAAAAAGCAUCAGUUCAAAUGGCCGUCAGGACACCCCAGGUUCAGGUACAAAGAGCACGAGGACGGCUUCAUGCGGCUGCAGCUGAUUCGCUACGAGAGCGUGGAGCUGACGGAGCAGCUGAUGAGGGAAAAGCAGAAGCGGUCGGCGGAGGAUGACGACGAUGACGGCGGCCCCGCUGACGGUCAGGAGCUGGAGGACGACCCUGCAGCACAGGCAGCUGCUGCCGCUUCACAGGUGCAGGUGCAGCUCAGAGGGGUUCUGCUAGAGGAGCAGAGGACUGAGGAAACCCCGACGAGAAUAGAAGAAGCCGGUCAGGUGGAGGACAUGCUGUACGUCCUAACAGGAGACGAGCACUCCGUCAUACUGCAGCUCCAGGAUGCUGCCCACCAGCAAGGCAUACAGGUGGAUUGAUUUGAUGUAGAUUAUCAGCAGCGCUGUUGCUCAGUCACUUUGGAGCCGUGUGAACAGGCCGCUGAAGUCUUAGUGACAUCGAAUGUUAAGAACUAAUACUGGUUCUAAAACGGGAUAACUGAACACCUAUGUGAGGCAACUCAAACCAUAUUAUGUGACGCAUAUCAUUAUUGAAGAUCAUUUUUACCGGUAUUUAAAGCAAUUUUUAUUUAUUCAGUAAUAUAUCAAGAGUUUGCUCUGACAUAUAAACCACAGCCUUUAAAGGUAAAUCACAGAAGUAAAGGGUGGGGAACAAGCUUGGUUUUGACUCAAAUACUUUGAGUCAUGAGAAAAUACUUGAUGUUUGGCUUAUUCAUCAGUUUGAAUAAAGACUUUUUUUAUUGUGUUUCUAUUUGUUCUCAAAAACAUGCACUUGCUUACAUGAAUGUAGUUUCUUUCUAUUGUUUUUGGCUGAGUUGAUGUGUAAUUCUGGUAAAUCCUCUGGAACUGUGACAUACAAUCAGAAAACACCUUUUUCCUAAUCAGCAUUGGAGGUUUACUGAAUCUCUCUCUACUUUAUAAUAUUUUUAUUUACCUGAGCUGGAUGUAAUUGGAGUUUAUAUUGAAUCAUGCAGCAGAGCUUACACCUGUCAUGUAGGAUUUAAUUGGUGCAAAUAUAAAUUCUUCAAGGCAAUGAUACCCCUGGUCCUUUAUUGCACUGCCCCCUUCUGACUGUUAAUAAACACUGCAGCUUUAGAGGUUUAGAAGUAUAGCAAAAUCAGUUUUGUUAUACUUUUUAUCACUCAAGUUGUUUAUACAAACUCAUUUUACCAAUAGGACAACUCUUUGAAAAAUACUUCAAAUAUAUUUAAGUGAAUUGAUGGGUUAUUAGUGGUACUUAAAUUGUGCUUCAAGAUUUUGUUAACAAAAGUUACAUUUGAUUUUUUUUUCCCCCCCAAAUGUAAUUCCUUUAAUUUCAUUUCUAUUCUGUGCUUUAAUUCCUGGUUAGAUUUUUCAAAAUUAAUCAAUAACCUUUUACUGCUGCCAUAGAAGAUUAAUGUUGCAUGCAACAUAAUAAAUUUUUACAAAUAUGUCUUCAUUGUGAUGAUAUUACAUCUUAAUUUGCAUAACUAAAUAAGUUUUACUAGUUUUAAUAAAAAAUACUCUGUGCAUGUGAUUUAUGAAAUGAAGACAAAUCUGAUUGGUUAGUCAUUUAGAAGAGGGCAAUUAGACAAAACAAAUUAAAUUUUCUCACUAAACAAAAACAGAAAUUACUGCAAUAACCAGCUGAGGUUGUUGAUGUUUAUCCGUUCUGACUAUUCUGUCGUCUUGCUAUUUCCAGACUGAGUAAAGUUCAGUCAGGUGAAUCAAAACUUUGCCAACGCUUUAGGUCCAGUCCCAACUCAAUAAAGGACACAGCAUUAGCCGUGUGUAGAAGAUUAAGAAGCACACAGAGCCUGGCUUAUGACUUAACGUCACUGCUUCCUCGUUCUGUAGUGAACGCUGCUCUGCUAUCGUUCUUUCACUCUUAAUUGUUUUGUGCUUCUUUUAGGUUGUGGCAAAUGAAUUUACUGGCCAGUUCUCUCAUCUAUCUGCAAGUUUUCUACAGUGAGUAAUGGAAUCAGAAGAUGGGCUCCAUGUUGUUGAAUGUGCUCUCGUUAGUCCUGCUUUGGUCCUUUCAUAAAGGGAUUUCUCAGACGCCCGAGUGGAAUGGAGAGCUGGAAGUUAGCGGUGAGACAGAAUGGAUUCCCCAGCCGGAUCUCAUGGCUGACACCUACUGGUCCGGGUCAGCGCCGCUGUGUUUAGGAGGGUGUAAGGCCCGUCACCAGGAGCUCAGAAAAGACCCUUGUGGCGACUCCAGCUGCUGCUGGCUCGGCUACAAAUCUCUCUGCAGAGUGAACUGCGGCAGGCCUGAUGUGGACUAUAACGGAGUGGUUUACGGUAAUGACUGGUGGGUGGGCUCUGUGGUGAGGUACGCCUGUCGCUCUGGCUUCAUCCUGCUGGGAACCCCAACCAGGUCAUGCCAGUCCAAUGGCCUCUGGACCCCCAAACCCAUCUGCCUCAGGAUGUGUCAGCGCGGAAGCAUUGAAGUCAGGGAGAGCGAACUGAAUGGCACGUGUGACUCCACCUGUGAGAAUAAGAGCUACUUCGGCCCACCCAAACUGGGCUGCUCACUGAUGAACAACUGUAGGAAGAAGGAGACGGGCUGGAAGAGGUUCUUCACACAGUGCGCUCCUUGUAUUUGUGACUGCUCCUUAUCAUGUGCAACUGCAGGCUAAUCCUGUCAGACAACGAAGUGAAAGUCUUCCUCCAGUUCCACGCACACAUCGGUAAAAUAAGAAAAUAUGAAAAAAUAUAUUAUUCUUACUUUACUUUUGCAAGCCAGCAUUUUCCCUUUGCUUUCUUAGACAGAAUUAGGUUGAUACCUGAGGCUUAAAACUAUAAAUUGUGUGUUUGCUUGUAAACUCCACUGCUCCACCUCUCAGUCCAUCUGUCCUGCAAGGAGUUAAAACACUAAUCUUGUUACAAAAGGCAGAUCUGCAGUCAGAUGUCUGUUGUAGACCUUGUUAAAAAUGGUAUUCAUGGUUACAUGGUUACUACAAUGGGUGUACCUUUUAAUAAUUCAUUGUGAAAAACAUUUUUGGAAUAAUAUUUGUAAAAUACAUAUACUCACAUCAUUUGUGUGGAAAGUUAAUUGCCAUUUUCCUUUUGCUGAUGACACUUUCAUAAAUUCAUUCUACAUAAAAUGCUGCAAAUA